AUGGCAGAAUAUACGGAUGUUCUGAUAUGUGGCGGAGGCCCUGUUGGGCUGCUGACAGGUUUGGCCCUUGUUAGAAUGGGGAUUUCCACUGUUGUCAUUGACAAGAGCCAUAAAACAAAACAGGCCAAGUAUGGCCGAGCAGCCACUGUAUAUCCACGAACGUCUGAGAUGUUCGAUCAGUUGGAUGUUUUGGAACCACUUGUACAGAUUGGCUAUGUGAGCCGUCACUAUGUGAACUACAAAAAUGGUAAAAGAUCCGGCCCAGGAGGCUACAAUAUGCUAUUGAACCAGAUGCACGAUACUUAUGCCGACUUUGUGCUCAAUAUUCGUCAAAAAUAUGUGGAAGAGACUGUUCAGGAAUCUUUCGAAAAUCAAGGCGGGAAAUUCUACGAAGGUACUGAACUUGUUAAUUUUCUGUUGGAUGUCGAAGAUCCCGACUUCGAUGAUUAUGCUGGGACGGCAACAGUCAAGGGUAUAUCUGAUGGGUCACAGCGGCAAAUAUCAUUCAAGUAUAUUCUUGGUGCCGACGGAACCCGUUCGACUGUUCGAAAGCUGGCCGAUAUACCAUUUGUCGGAGACAGCACUGGAAUGAAAUGGUUUCGCAUAGAUGCAGUCAUAAAGACAGAUAUGCCAGACCACCGCUCUGGCCUUUUAUCCAUUGAAUCACAGGCGCAUGGAAAUGUUCUCUGGAUGGCCCUCGAUCAUGGACGGACACGAAUUGGAUUCGCUUUGCCACAGAAGCUGUUUGAAAAGUAUGGGACUGAUCUUACCGAAGAACAGGCCAAAGAAGAAGCCAAAAAGGCAGUCGCUCCGUUUAAGCUUGAAUUUGAGCACGUUGACUGGUGGACACUUUACAGUGUCAGUCACAGGGUAGCCGAGACAUUCAGAGCACACCGGAGGGUCAUCUUAGUUGGAGAUGCAUGCCAUUGUCACUCUUCCGGUACAGGUCAGGGCAUGAACACGGGAGUGCAUGACGCAGUCAACCUUUCUUGGAAACUUGGUGGUGUUCUUAAAGGCUGGUAUGAUGAUUCAAUCUUGGACACAUACGAGGUAGAGCGAAAACCAGAGGCACAGAGGGUUAUAGACAACGAUAAAACUGUUUCUGCUCUCAUCACUGGCAGGAUUCCCGAGGGGAUGGGUGGUCCUGAUACGAAUCCCAACGAACUGUUACAAACUUUCCUGGAUUCUAUCAAUCGCUUCAGCAUUGGACUGGCAAUACACUACAAGCCAAGCAUCUUGAAUAAACACUCGCAUGUGGGUCGUGUACCAUCAGGCCAUAGGGGCCCUGAUCUAUUGCUUGCUCGACCUGGUACCCGUACACCAGUUCGCUUGUAUCAAAUCACAAAGAACGUCGGGAAGUUUUACGCGCUAGUGUUUUCUGGAAAUUCCGCGUUAACUGUUCGUGGCUUACGGAAGCUUCGGCAUUACCUGGACGGUAAUGAAUCUUUUACUAGAGAUUUUCCGGAUAUGAUCGAUUUCAUAACUAUUAUACCUGGGGACGCUCCAUCAGCGGACGAGUAUCUUGGAGUAAAACCCUUCGGCCUCACAUUCUACGACACAAACUUGGCAGCAACUAAGUAUGGUUUCUCUCCGGCUGCUGGUGGAAUAGUGAUCUUGCGACCCGAUGGUAUUGUUGGAUUCUCAGCACAAUUGGAAGAGGGCCCAGAAAUUGGCACUUAUUUCAAACGUUUCGUCAAUAUUCAGCGUGAUAGAAAGACGAUGGCUACGAAGUCUUCUAAGGUCCCAGAGACAGGCAUGAAAGAAGUCGAGUUUGAUAUGGAGACAACGAGAGCAUUCUAG